GUGAGUCUAGGUUUGUUUUCCAUCCAGGCGCCGUGGUCCGUGGUUUCACGGGCAUCCAAGGUGAUAUUGGACGGCGCAAGAAAUAGGCGAGUUUAGUCGAAAGAAAUACAAAGCAAGCACACGUUUGGGAAGGCGCUGCAAACAUCGAAACAGCAGCCAUGGAGGACCCGAGCAAGCUGCCGCACUCGGAGACGGGCGGCGUUCGGCCGAUGAGCAUCGAAGGACGGUUCGGCAGGGAGAGGAGCCGUUUGACGGGCGAGUUCACCGAUGCCGACCGCGCCUGGCGAAAGAAGUGGCUCGAAGACCAGCAUCUAUCGCCCAACGAGCCCCGCAAAGUGCCCGAGCUUGAGAGGGCCCUCAAGAAUCCAUUCCGCCGCUUCUACCGGGCCCCGAUGGAUGCCUUGUUCUCGCGAUUGGAACCCGCGUUGGGCCCUUUGAUGACGCCCGCCUUCCGUUGGUUCGUGCCCAAGGUGUUCUUCGUUUACCUCGGCGGCCUAGUUCUGAUGUACAACUACAAGUACAACCCACACACCUGGCAGCGUCACGGUGGGCUGCUGGUCAGGACCUCGCGGGCUGCCGUCUAUCCCGGCGACCCCGGCUGGCCCAAGGCUUCCGACAGGACCAGGCCGCAAGACUACGCGGACUACGGCUUCAACGACAGGACAGUCCUGCGCGACAACGUCUAAUCCCGCUGAUCGACUCGCAUCUAGCGGCC